AUGCCUAUCGAGGUUACUGAUCCAGCAGCUUUCCGUGAUAUGGUCCGUAUGCUCUCAACUAACGUUGAUGGUCGCCGUCCACUCUACCUUGCUCUCACAAACAUCUCUGGUAUUGGCCGCAGAUUUGCAUACGCUGUUGUUCGCCGCGCAGGCCUUGACCCACUCCGCCGUGCUGGUACACUCACACCAAAGGAGGAAGAACUCAUCGUUUCAAUCAUCCAGAACCCAACUGAACACCAAAUCCCAGUUUGGAUGCUCAACCGUCGUUUCGACCGCGCUACAGGUCAAAACACUCACUGGGUUGCUACAGAUCUCGGUGCUAACAUUCGUGCUGAAAUCGAAAGAAUGAAGAAGAUGCGUAUGAAACGUGGUAUCCGCCAUGGUCUUGGUCUUAAGGUCCGUGGCCAGUGCACAAAGUCUACAGGCCGCCGCGGUGGUGCCCUCGGUGUCGAGCGCAAGAAAGAUUAA